UUUGCAAUGCAGCGCGCUUGGGAUCAGACAAGUAGCACUGACACUGUUGAGAAAGGCCAUACAAAAAUGCUGGGAAAAGGACAAAGUGGCGGAUACCACCCUGAGACAACAGGAGAUCUCUUGCAGAGUAUCAGCGCGGUGCCUGUUGAGAACACUGAUAAGAAGGGCCUCCAGGUGGGGAGCCAGCUGCCAGGCACUGUCCAGGCAGGGAUUCAACAACAGAACCAGCAGCUCCUUCUGAGCCCAGCCAGCCUCCAGCUUGCACAGCUCCAAGCCCAACUUACCCUCCAUCGCCUCAAACUGGCACAGGGAGGCAAUACAGCCUCUGCCGCCACUGUUCUCAAUCAGGUUCUCUCCAAUGUCGCCAUGUCCCAACCCCUGUUCAAUCAGCUACGGACUUCAACUAUGGUUGGGAACCCUCAGGGUGCUUUCUCCACAGGAGUGCUAGGUUUUCCUUCUUCAAAUUCAGCACUGGGGGCCUUCGUGGGUGGGGGGUUUAACCAUAACAGAUCAAAUGUGAGACUGAACCAUCCUGGUGGAGGGGGCACGGUGUGCCAAAAGGGUGCAGAGUAUGGUAAAAAGUCAGGGUCUGCUUACCCCUCUGAUACUGAUAGGCGUCAUCAGUACAACUUAGCUGGGGGGACAUCGACAGCAUCAGCCUCUGUUGGUGAUGGACAGUACUCAGUGAUUAAUUCUCAAGGAAAAAACAUGAAUAAUGUUGGUUUUCAGAGAGAUUUCAAUGGACAUGAUACGUUGGGGCAACAAACUGGGUUUAACAUGAAUGUUUAUAACCCCAAUGGGCAGAAAGAACAAUGGAAAGGCCAAACUAACCUGAGUCCCACUAGAAAGAUGGAUAUGGUUUCUAAUGCUGGCAGUGUGUGGACAACAGCUGGCCAGCCAGUUCGAUCUCGAACAGAACUGUAUAACCCUGAGGAGCCAACCUCCGACCCCAAGUUCAAUCCAAGUAGUGGGGUUUCCCCUUUUUCAAGUGGGACACAGGGGUUUGGACACUACCAGCCCUUGCAUGGAAGUGAGGAAACCCUAUCUUCAGGUACCAGAACACUUCAGCCUCACCAAGUCAAUGAUUAUCAUGCUGUCACACCCACUCAACUACCACAUCAGUGUAGCAUCUGUGACAAGAAGGUGUACAACCUCAAGGACUGGGACCAGCAUGUAAAGGGAAAACUACACCUGCAGAAUCGAAUGUUGUACACAAAUGAAAGCGCUAUAGCAGUAUCAGCUGGAGCAGUUCACUAUGCUGUCGGUGGGCCUUCUGAUGGAGGUCUGAACACCAGAGGGACAAACUCCAUGCUCUACUCUGCUGCAAGUCAAGAUGUAUCCUCAGGAGCCAAUACAUCAUACUUACCAGCUGCAGCCAUGAAGACUUAUCCUAUGCCAGACACAGGAUUUGCCUCACAGCAGCCAGAGUCAAAGUCAUUUCCACCCAGAAAGGUCACUGCAGGCCGAGUUGUUCACAUCUGCAACCUCCCUGAAGGCAGCUGCACAGAGAAUGAUGUCAUCAACCUGGGACUACCAUUUGGCAAAGUCACCAACUACAUCCUCAUGCGCUCUACCCAUCAGGCGUUUCUGGAGAUGGCGUAUGUUGAAGCAGCUCAGGCCAUGGUUCAAUACCACCAACUUAUUCCAGCUAUGAUUAACAAUCAGAAACUUCUCAUACGAAUGUCUAAGAGGUACAAGGAGCUCCAACUCAAGAAACCAGGUAAAGAUGUUCAGUCGAUCAUCCAAGGUAUCAGCUCUCAGCGGGAGAGGGAUGAGAUGCAAGAGCUUGAACACUUUAGAAGAUCUUUACACAUAAACUACCUAUCAUCUCCCAGCUACAUACCAGAGAGAGCGCGCUCCCGCAGCCCUGUCAGUCGCUCUCUGAGUCCUCAUUCCCACAGCCCCAGUUUUACAUCAUGCAGCUCAGCCCACAGUCCCCAGGGGAUGCUGUGCAGGGGUUUGGAAAGAGGUAGCAAUGGCAUGGGCCCACGCCGAGGCUCUUGGGAUUGGUCAUCACACUUAAGAAGGGGUGAGGACGAAAGGGAGAGGGACGACCCAUGGAGAAAUGGAGGCGGCAUGGAUGACGAUCGACCUAAUGGAAGGUCAUGUGACCGUCGGAAAGCUUAUCAGAAACCCUUGGAUCAUAUCAGCUCGAGAUCUGCAGAUGAGCGAGGGGGAGGAGGAGGAGGUGACGGGAUGAGAGGCAGCAGAGACUGGCACCCACUCAGCAGCCCUCUAGGUAUGUCUUUCAACUCUUACAGGAACAUAGAGGAUGACUUCUACAUGAAGGAACAAAUGUACAAGUCAGACAAGCCUCCCAGACCUCCGUACCAAAGGCAUGAUGCAAAGCCAAAGAGGAGGGAUGGUGGAGACUAUCACAGUAGACUGAGGCAUUCUGAGUUUGAAGUGACUGAGGAGGCACCUCGUCGAACACAAGAAGACAAGAGGCAGGGUUCACCAGGCAGGAGCAGGAGCAAAAAGACAAGCAAGAAGUAUAAGACUGGGGAAAAAAAUGAGAGAGAAUCUGUUCCUGAAAACAGCGAUCGCCGGUCAAAAGAAAAAUCUGUUUCACCUCAGCGAGGCAAUAAGUCAAAAGAGGCUACUGAAUGUACUAAAGAUAGAGACACUGUGAAAGAAGGGGAAAGUGGAGAUGACAGUGAUGAAGAAUGUUGGUAUCCUAAGAACAUGGAGGAACUGGUGACUGUAGAUGAAGUGGGAGGAGAAGAUGAUUCCAUUAUUGAGCCAGAUCUUCCUGAGAUGGAAAAGUAUGAGUCCUGCCCUAAAGAAUCUUCAGCAGAAGAAGCAGUGGAGGAGCAUCUUACACAACCUACUGCAUCCUUGGAGGCACAGGAGACAUCGAACGAGAAGUCUAACCAGGAAAAGCUCUGUGAGGAUGUUGAAGACCAGGCAGAAACAUCUGAACCUGAGAAACCAGAGAAUAUUUUAACUACAACCCCUCUUCAAGAACAGAAACUCCAGUGGCCCCAGUGUCCAGAGGCUCCUGUGCCACCGGUCACUGUACUUACUGACUUCCCCAGUGAGGAGUUCAAGGCUACACUGGAGGAAACAUGUUUAAAGAAUAAAGUAACUAAAAGUGGGCCAUUAGAAGAGUCAGUGGAAAAUGACAUUUCUGCAACAGAGGACAACAAAGCCCAGGAAGUAGGACAGGUCACAGAAACAAUCAAUAAUGUGAUUCAACAGAAGGAUGACAGUCUUAAAAAAGAGAUUGAGGCACCCUCGCCUUCUCGAGAGCAAGACAAAGCUGUCAGUGAACACAGCAUCCCAUUGGGAGUGGAGUUCAUUGUGCCACGGACCGGCUUCUACUGUAAACUCUGUGGACUGUUCUAUACCAGUGAGGACACUGCAAAGAGCGCUCACUGCCGCAGCACUGUACAUUACAGGAACCUACAGAAGUACUUGUCCCAGCUAGCAGAGGACAGCCUGUCGGGGGCACUUGCUGAAGCCUCCGCUGCACAGUGACAUCAGCUCGACUUCUCACGGAGAACAGAUGUGUGUAUGUGUGAUGUGGGUGCACGGCUCUGGACAACCACAACAUAGAUAACACAUGCACAAGCUUGAGCAUGUGGAUAAUUGCACUGGUUUUGACAUACUGCGGAGGAGGGAUGCUUGAAUGCUCAAUCGCAGAGCGUUCUCAUUCUUGUACAUACCUUAAGUGUAAUGUAUAGUGAGGCUACAAUUGUAAUUGAAAUUUUGGGGGUCAAUAAAUUUUCUUACUGUUUAUCUCAUUUGAUUGUGUGUGAUAAAAUUGAUUUGUUGGUGGAAUGGGAAUGUAUAUACAAUGAUAUCUAAUUCUGAGAAGUCAAACUUUAACAGUAAGGGCUUAUGUUAGUCCAUUUGCUGCAUUUAAAUUAACUAAACUCCUCCUAAUGACUGAUAUAUUUACAGUUGCAAAAUGACUUGAAGUAAGAAUGUUUUAUUCAGUUGAGGAACUGAGGCAGACACUCAGGUUUGUUGUAUUCGUUGAUCAAUGUAUAGCUCAGCACAAACAUUUACAUUUUAUUUAUAUCUGGAGCUUUAAACAAUGUUUCCUUUAUCUUGUGCCAGUUUGUGCAUCAUUUGGAGUGAUGAUUGCCCAAGUGAUUUUAUGUUAGAUUUAAUUCAUACGACAGUCACUGUCAUAAUUGCCAGCAUAGGGCUAUGUUGUGCCUUAAUUAAACUGGACCAUGUGUUUAAUUUGUCAGAUUUAAACAUGCAAUGUUUCAUGUUGCAGUAAUUUGUUCAGAGGAUUAUCAAGCCGAAACAUGUUUUUGUAAACUGUGAAUAUUGAUCCUGUGACUUCAGUGAUAGUGUUGUUUUCUUUGACAAACUUUUCAUAUGAUUUUUGAUGUAAAAAAAAAAGAAAAACUUGAAUAAACGUUUUAAACAACUUUUAACAGAUAUCCGUGCCUUUUC